AGGAUGGAAUGAGCUCUCCGCGCUUGAUGCAGGAAGUGUCACUGUUUUGGAGCGGUCGUUCCGCUCUAGAUAGGAGCACUGCGUAUUCGAGCUGACCCAGCAUCAGGCAUAGGGCCUUUCCUUUCCCUCACCCGCUUCGAGAGGAGGGUGAGGGAAGAACAGCAUAAACCUGGAGCCCAGGAGGAUGGACGCCAGCGAGUACCUGUCCCGUAUUGGCUACAGGGGGGCGACGGAGCCAUCGCUGGACAACCUUAAGGCUAUUCAUCGGCAGCACCUCUUGGCAGUACCCUUCGGCAGCCUGGCCAUCCACUGCGGGGAGCGCAUUGAGCUGGCUCUGCCCGCCGUGUACCAGAAGGUGGUCGUCCAGAGGAGGGGGGGCUUCUGCUACGAGCUGAAUGGCCUCUUCUCCUGGCUUCUGCAAGCCCUGGGCUACCAGGUCCAGCUGGUCUCCGGCCGGGUCCGCAACGCUAUCACCCAGCAGCCGGGCCCGCCCAAAGACCACCUCCUCCUGCUGGUGGCAACGGCGGGCGAGGGCGGGCACCGCCGAUGGCUCUGCGACGUGGGAUUCGGGAAUGCCUUUCGCUGGCCCCUGCCCCUGGAGGACGGCCACCUGGAGCGCCAGGAGAACGGGCUCUUCCACCUCCAGCUGGCAGGGGGCGAGGGGGACUGGCGACUGCGGCGCUACCCGCUCUCUUGCCAAGGGCCGACGGACGAACCCAGCGCCACCCUCUAUCUAUUCAGCACAGAGCCCCGGGCCUGGUGUGACUUCGGGGCCAUGUGCCGUUACCACCAGAUUUCCACCAGCUCCAUCUUUGUUUGCAAGUCCUUCUGUAGCCUCCACCUGCCCGGUGGGCUGGUCACCUACAUGGGGCAUCGCCUCAUCGAGACGGAGUUCAAUGCCGACGGAGACCGCAAGGCCACGAGGGAGCUGACAGAUGAGGAGAUACCACAGGUCCUGAAGGAGCGGUUUGGAAUUGUCCUCACAAACAGGCUUAUACCCAAGGACGAGGACAUACUCCCCCCAGAGGAAGGGCCCUGAGCCAGAAUUUAGGUGGGGGGGAAACGGGGGGGGAGGGAGAUGGCUGUUACGGCACCCUCUCCUCCCAGACCCAGCCCUUUCCAUCACCCGCGGACAGCGAAUUCGAAUAAAAGUGCGUGGGCGGCGGUUGCUGAAUGAAAGUUGUUGUUGUAGCGCACACGCCAAUGCUGGCUUCGUCAUCGAUUAAACCCAACUGGAAUCGAA